UUUACUAACAAUAUUUUUAAGAGAUAUCGGCCUCACUUAUGUUCCAAAAAAAUCACUGACACUAAAGAAGCGAUCAGUAAAAACGUUGUUCAGAUUACAUUCAAUACGAAUCUCCGCAAAAGUGGUGCCUAUUCCCGCGCCCAUCCUCUGCCCCUGCUUUCCCUCCUCGUGGGCCUCUGCACACCGUCCACCCGCCGGCUCCGGGCCCACCAUUCAUACAGACCUGGACGGUCCUCAGUCCUCUCCCCCACCAUCUCUCCCCCUUUCCAUUGUUGUCAUCAUUUCACAAAUAUUUUCAUUUUUCAAGAGAAAAUAAUUUUUAAUUAAAAGGUAAUUAUUUAUCAUUCUGUCUCUGUCUGUCGCUCUCCUUUCUGUGUCGGCGUCCCUUUUCCGCAAAAGCCUUCCAAAAUUGCAUAAACACAUCACCAUCAAAUCACCACACCCGGACCCCACAAAUUCGCGGCCAUGGCCCGCAGAUCCGUGCAACUCCUCCGCUACCUGCUCCCGAAACCAACCGCCCCGACCCUCGCUCCCACCGCCACCCCGUCCCGAUCCGUGACCUACAUGCCCCGCCCCGGAGACGGCGCCCCUCGUGCGGUAACCCUAAUCCCCGGUGACGGCAUCGGUCCUCUCGUCACCAAUGCCGUCGAGCAGGUCAUGGACGCGAUGCACGCGCCAAUAUACUUCGAAACCUUCGAGGUCCACGGCGACAUGCCGAAGGUCCCAGGUGAGGUGAUCGAGUCGAUCAAGAAGAACAAGGUGUGCUUGAAGGGCGGGCUGGCGACGCCCAUGGGCGGCGGCGUGAGCUCGCUCAAUCUGCAGCUGAGGCGGGAGCUCGAUCUCUACGCAUCCCUCGUCAACUGCUUCAAUCUGCCGGGGCUGGUGAUGAAGCAUGAGAAUGUCGAUAUUGUCGUGAUCAGGGAGAAUACGGAGGGCGAGUACUCUGGGCUCGAGCAUGAGGUCAUUCCUGGCGUCGUUGAAAGCCUUAAGGUGAUCACAAAGUUCUGUUCGGAGCGCAUUGCUAGAUAUGCUUUUGAGUACGCUUACCUAAACAACAGAAAGAAGGUGACCGCUGUGCACAAAGCAAACAUUAUGAAGCUUGCAGAUGGUCUCUUCUUGGAGUCCUGCCGUCAGGUGGCCACAAACUAUCCUAGCAUCUCAUACAAUGAAGUCAUUGUCGAUAACUGCUGCAUGCAGCUUGUUUCGAAGCCUGAGCAAUUUGAUGUCAUGGUGACACCAAACCUUUAUGGUAAUCUAGUUGCAAAUACAGCAGCUGGUAUUGCUGCUGGCACCGGUGUCAUGCCAGGAGGCAAUGUUGGGGCAGAUCAUGCUAUUUUCGAGCAAGGUGCUUCGGCAGGAAACGUGGGAAAUCAGAAAAUAUUGGAGCUAAAGAAAGCAAACCCAGUGGCCCUGCUUCUCUCAUCCGCCAUGAUGUUGAGACAUCUGCAAUUCCCUUCCUUUGCUGAUCGACUAGAAACUGCGGUGGCACGAGUAAUAUUGGAGGGUAAACGCAGGACAAAGGACCUUGGAGGACAGAGCACCACCCAAGAGGUUGUUGACGCGGUCAUUGCUGCCUUAGAUUGACAGAGAAGUGAAGAGCAGGUAUUCAUUCUUCAGCCACUGUUCAUUGCCCCAUCGCAUUUUUUCGAUUUGGCAUGGGAAGCGUUUACCUGCCAGAAAAUUUGAAACGUUUUUAACAUAAUUCUUUGAUUACCACCUCUAAAUAUUUCACAAUCUUUGUUUCAUAAUAAAUUUCAAAGAUGAAUAACUGAUUCUGGUGUUUUAAUACAAAGUUCCAACCUAUCGUGUUUAUGCUCAA